AUGCAGUGUACAAAGUGUGGUAAACUAUUUUCAAACUCAUAUACUCUAAAGAGGCAUUUACUUGAAUUUUGCGCAAAUCGUGAAACGGUGUGUUCAAUUCCAAAAAAGAGACUAAAACUAAUAGGAAUUGAUGAUAUGGAUAGUAGUGUCACCAAACUUUCACAUGCUUUUAAAAGUCGUAUUGCUUCAUACAGAUUCACCAACAUUAGUGAAAACAAAAUCAGUUACAAUUCGUUUUUUAAUGAUAUUAAACAAAAAGUUUUAAAAAAAAUCAGUGAAUAUUUACAACUUCACACAAACUUGAAAGUAAAUAUGGAAGUGUUUGGAAUCUACGUGAAGCCAGAUAAAGAACUAACUGAUAUUAAGUCCAUGAAUUCUGAAAACAAAAUUAUAACACCUACAACUAACCUUGAAGAAAUUUUUGAUGAAUUUAAAUCGGAACUUUUAACCCAGGCUUCGGAGUUUACAGAAAAAGAGUCCAAUUGGAGCUUACAGGAAAUAAUGUUUUUAGAUGUAAACAUAAAUCGCUUCAACAGUAUAGCAGCUUCUUCAUAUAUUAAACUACCUAUAUUAAUAAUAAAAAAAAAUGCUGUCUUGAAUAUUGAAAACCAAGAUAAUGCUUGUUUUGCCUGGUGUAUCAAUGCAGCCAUUUUCCCAGCAGAAGGUGAUCCCAAGAAUCCAUCAUCAUAUCCACAUUAUGACACAUUGUUGAAUUUUGAUGGUAUUGAUUUCCCAGUGAAGUUGAAAGACAUAAGAAAAUUUGAGAAUAUGAAUAACAUUUCAGUAAAUGUAUUUGGGUUGGAAUCUUAUUACAAAAAUUGCAAAAAUAAUUAUGAAAUAGUAGGACCACUACAUUUUACUUCCAAGCGUCUACCCACACAUAUAAACCUAUUACUAAUAACAGAUAAUGAAAAAAGUCAUUAUUGUUUAAUUACUGAUUUGUCACGACUUGUUAGAAGUCAAAAAACAAAACACACCGAAAAAAUACAUAUAUGUGAUGGUUGUUUACAGUCUUUUGCAACAAUAGAAAAGUUAAAAGCCCAUGAAGAACAUGAUUGUACACAUAUAUAUACUGAACUACCAACAAAAGAAAUGAAAAAAAAUAAAUGCAGUCAACUAAUUCCUGAAAAUAUUUUAAAAUUUGUAAAUUUUGAAAAACAACUACAAGUGCCGUUUGUGAUUUAUGCGGACUUUGAAUCAUUGUUAAUACCAAUAGACAAUUGCGAGCCUCAUAAUUCCAAAUCAUUUAGUGUAAAGGUGUGUGAACAUGUACCAUAUUCGUUUGCAUUUUAUUUAAAAUGUAAUUACGACGAUAACUUAUCCAAACUUGAGAUGUACAAAGGACCAGAUGCAGCCAAAGUGUUUGUUCAAAAACUUGAUGAAGUGGUUCAUAACCUAUACAAUAACCAUUUAAAACAUGUAAAGCCUAUGCUACCACUUACCCCCGAAGAACAGGAAGCAUAUGAUAAUGCCACAGUCUGUCACAUCUGUGAAAGACCUUUUGACGCUUUUAACAAAAAAGUUCGAGAUCACGACCAUACUCUUGGAAAAUUUCGUUCGGCAGCGCAUAAUUCAUGCAAUUUGAAUUAUAAACUACCUAAAUUUAUACCAGUGUUUUUUCAUAAUCUUACAAACUAUGAUAGUCAUUUGUUUAUCAAGGAGUUGACAACUAAAAAAGAAUCUGUAUCAGCAUUGGCCCAAACUAAGGAAAAAUACAUUUCCUUUUCCAAAUCUAUUUUAGUUGAAAAAUCCAAAGACCCCAAAGUUCCCGAUUCAUUCAUGAAACUUAGAUUUGUAGACUCUUUUCGAUUUUUGUCAAGAUCACUCGAUAAACUAAGUGAAACUUUGGAUUCUAGUCAAUGUAAUGAAGUAAAAAAAUAUUUCUACAAUGAAAAAGAGUUUAACUUAAUGAGGCGUAAAGGUAUUUUUCCAUAUUCUUAUGUGAGCAGCUUUGAAAAAUUGGACGAGGAAGGAUUACCUUCGAAAGAGAAAUUUUUUGAUAAUUUGAGAGGUGAACCAAUCUCCGAUGAAGACUAUGAUAAAGCUAAAGAAAUUUGGAACACUUUUAAUUGUAAAACACUUAACGAUUAUGCGAUGCUCUACUUAAAGACUGAUGUGCUUCUGUUAGCUGAUGUAUUUGAAAACUUUAGAAAAGUUUGUUUAAAACACUAUAAACUUGAUCCAGCCCACUACUUGACAGCACCUUCCUUAAGUUGGGAUGCGAUGUUAAAAUAUACCAAAAUAGAGUUAGAAUUAUUAACAGACAUUGAUAUGCUACACUUUUUUAAAAAAGGUGUCAGAGGUGGAGUUGCGCAGUGUAGUAAAAGACAUGCAGUAGCUAACAAUAAAUUUUUACCUAAUUUUGACAUUUCAAAGCCCGAAAGUUAUAUUAUGUAUUUGGACGCUACCAAUUUAUAUGGGUCUGCAAUGAGUCAAUCUCUUCCUUUUGGUGACUUUAAGUGGAUACCUGUGGAUAACUUUGAUUGUACUUUAGUAAAAGACGACGCUUCUAAAGGAUAUGUGUUGGAAGUAGAUUUGGAGUAUCCACACAAUCUUCACCACACUCACAACGAUCUUCCGUUUUGUCCUGAAAAUAUAAUACCACCAACAGGUAAACACCCAAAAUUAAUUCCAAAUUUAAAUAAUAAAGAAAAGUAUAUUAUCCACUACCGGAACUUAAAACAGUGUCUUAAAUAUGGGCUAAAAUUAAGGAAAAUUCAUAGAAUUUUGGAAUUUUCUCAAUUACCUUGGUUAAAAAAAUAUAUUGAUUUAAACACACUCCUUCGAAAUCAAGCAAUGAAUGACUUUGAAAAAGAUCUUUUUAAGCUGCUGGUCAAUGCAAUUUUCGGAAAAGCUUUGGAAAAUAUUGAUAAAAGGAAAGCUAUACAUCUAAUAUCGCACUGGGAGAAUACAGGGGGUUUCAUAGGUGCAAGAUCAUUAAUAGCAAAACCACAAUUUAAAACUUGUUCUGUUUUUAAUGAAAAUUUAGUUGCUAUCCAUUUAGCAAAUGUAAAAAUGUAUUAUGAUAAGCCCUUGUAUAUAGGAUUUUCAGUGUUAGAUAUUUCGAAAACCAUAUUAUAUGAAUUUUUUUAUGGUUAUAUAAAACAAAAGUAUGGUGACUCUGCAAAGUUGUGUUAUACCGACACUGAUUCGUUAAUUCUAGAAGUGUUUACCAAAAACUUUUAUGAAGAUCUUAAACAAAACAUUAAUCAUUUUGAUACAUCUAAUUAUUCAAAAGACAAUGAAUAUGAAAUCCCUAUAACCAAAUCAGUCGUUGGAAAAAUGAAAGAUGAGUUUGGUGGUACACCAAUUGCUGAAUUUUAUGGAACUUGUGCCAAGGUGUACUGUAUAAAUUUAGGUAAACCGUUUAAGAAGAUGACUCAAAUAAAAAAAGCCAAAGGAGUGUCAGCAAAUAUAGUAAAAAACCAACUGCAUUUAAAUGACUAUGUCCGAAUUGUACAAAAUGAUGACACAAUCUACAGAAAAAUGUAUGUUUUUGUAUCAUCACUACACACCAUCUACACAGAACUUAGAAAUAAGGUCGCUCUUUCAGCUAAAGAUGAUAAAAGGUAUGUCAUACCACAUGAUGUCAAUACUCUAGCGUGGGGACAUUUUCUUACCAAUCAAAAAGCGAUGACUGGUACAUUGGAUGAUUUAUUACAAACAAUGGAUGAUCUCAUUAAUUUAGAUAAUUUUGUAUUAUAA